AUGAACCAUCAAUCGGCAGACAACGUCACAGUCCAUUGCAACCAGAAAAACAUGUCCGGCACAAGAAAGGCAAUCAUCAUCGGAGGCGGUCCAGCCGGCAUCUCAGCAGCGCUGCGACUCCAGCAAACCACGAACAUCAAAUGCACCGUCUACGAACUGCGCCCGGAACCAACUACACUAGGAGGUGCCAUCGGAAUCAUGCCAAACGGACUGCGCCUACUCCACCGCCUCGGUGUUUACGAUGAUCUCCGCGUACGCGGCAACAGUUGCAGCACGAUGACCGUUCGUUCGCUUCAGGGUAGCAUUCUGGCAAAGAAAGAGGAUUACGUUAGCCAGGCGCGCUCGGAGACUGGAUUUGGAUAUAUGCGGAUCAAGCGGACUGAUCUGAUGGACGUCCUCUUGGAUGCGGCGCAGAAGGCGAAGAUCCCGAUCUAUUUCAAUAAGUGCCUUACUGCCAUCGCGGACGAGAAGAAAGAGGUAAAGGUGAUGUUCUCCGAUGGUACCUCCGACACGGCGGAUCUCCUGCUUGGAUGUGAUGGUAUCCAUUCUUCCGUGCGGCGACUCUAUGUCGAUCCGGGUCAGGUCCCCGAGUACUCUGGUUUCUCGGGAACCGGCUCGAUCAUACCCAUAUCGGGAUUGCCGUCCAGCGCGUCGGCUCUGUUUACUGGGCUCUGCGCCACAUUGACGGAAGAAGGAAUGUUCAUUUUGAUGCCCUGCAACGCUGCCAACGAUGAGUUGUUCUGGGGUUUUACUCGCGAAGUCCCGUUGCCGGAAUCAGGAGAUAGUCGUGAUGGGUGGGAAGAGCAUCACAACAAAGUGAUCGAAAGCUUCAAGUCUAAUUUCCAUGAGAUUCUGAAAAAUGCAGGCGGCGAAUGGGGCGACAUGCUGAAACAGGUCGUCGAUAACACCACUGUUAUGAAAUUCUAUCCCGUGUACAGAAUGCCUCUUGGAGGGACCUGGUCCAGGGGCCGGUGUUUGCUUCUUGGAGAUGCAGCACAUGCUAUGCAGCCUCAUGCCGGUCAGGGAGUGUCGAUGGCACUUGAGGACGUGCAUUUGCUCUCUAGACUACUGGAAGAUCCUGCUCGGCAGCUCAGCGAGGCGUUUGAGAGAUUUGACCAGAUCAGGAGACCCCGCGUUAACGAGCUCUUUGAGAUUUCUUCGCGCAAUGCCGGGGUGAGAAGGAAGACUGGCCCGUGGCAACUAUGGCUGAAGGAGGUCUUACUGAAGAUGCAUUAUUGGGCUUCCUGGAUUGUCGGGCAACAUAAUUUGGGAGUUGAGCAGAAAGAUAUGAUUUAUGAUAUUGACGAAGAGGUGCUGUGA